AUGGCCACCAUACAGCUCGCAGACGAAUUCUACAUGGCGAACGCCUCUCUAAAGCACUUCCGCCCAACGCAGGCCAGCAUUCCCCCGCAGGAGGUCAACUAUCGCCUCCGGCUUCCCAGUAAUGUGCCCGUCCACCUGCAUGCCCUGAACCCUCUUGCCUUCUUGCUCCGAUCCGCACAAGUCUACCCCAACAAACUGGCACUCGUGCAUCCCGAUGUAGAACACCCGGUGAUAUACUCAUAUGGAGUUUGGGCGCAACGUUGCCAGAACUUCGCGUAUGCGCUCAUACAGGCUGGUAUACACCCGGGAGACCGCAUUGCAAUCAUUGCACCAAAUAUACCGUCCGUGUCUGAGGCCUACCAUGGCGUUCUCGGAGCGCGAGCAGUCAUUUGUCCGAUCAACACCCGGCUUACGCCUGGCGAAGUCGAUUACAUCCUAGAGCACAGCGGGUCACGGCUCAUCCUCGUUGACCACGAGUACACCCCCCUCGUAAAGGGGGCGAAGGUGCCGGUCGUCGUGAUUAACGACACCGGACGCGAAGACGACCCAUACGAGCAGUUCCUGUCCGCCGGGCGCAAGUUCAGCGGCGAGCGGGGCUGGCCUGGGUUGGAAUGGGAGCGAGAUGAAGACUCGGCUUGCGCUUUGUGUUACACGUCUGGGACCACAGGUCGGCCAAAGGGUGUCAUAACCACAUUGCGAGGUUCGUAUCUCGCGGCCAUGGCCAAUGCAUAUGAAACUGGGAUGACCCACGAGUCGACGUACCUCUGGAUCCUACCCAUGUUCCACGCUAGUGGGUGGACGUUCCCGUGGACGAUCACCUUCGCUGCCGCCGCACAGAUUACCCUCCGUUCCGUGUCGUACCCACUCAUAUGGAACCACUUGCUUAAGUCCGGCGUGACGCACUAUUGCGGUGCGCCGACUGUACAGAUCGGUUUGAUCAACGCGCCCCAGGCAAGGCGCCUGGACAAGCCUGUGUAUGCGGUCAUUGCUGGCUCGGCUCCGACAGCGCACCUCAUCGGGGAGCUGGAGAAGAUUAACAUCAAGCCUGUGCAUGUGUAUGGACUGACUGAGGUGAGUAAUACGUACGGGCCAUCCACCAAGUGCUACUACCAGCCCCACUGGACGUCCCUCUCCCUCGAGGAGCGCGCCAAGUUGCUCGCGCGCCAGGGACACAGCUUCGCGACCGCCAUGGACGCGCGCGUCGUGUUCCAGCUGGAGGAUGGGGAGUCCGCCGACGCGCCGCUCAGGGACGUGCCGAAGGACGGGAAGACGAUGGGCGAGGUCGUGUUCCGCGGGAACAUCGUCAUGAAGGAAUACUUCAACGACCCCGAGGCGACCCGGAAGGCGUUCCGCGGCGGGUACUUCAACACGGGGGACCUCGCGGUGUGGCACCCGGAUGGGUAUAUCGCCGUACAGGACCGUAGCAAGGACAUUAUCAUUUCCGGCGGGGAGAACGCGUCGAGCUUGGCGAUCGAGCAAGAGCUUGCCUCGCACCCCGACGUGCUCGAGGUGUCCGUCGUCGCACGUGCGCAUCCGAAGUGGGGCGAGCGUCCAAUGGCGUUUGUCAUCCUCCACCCGCAGAAGGCAGCGAAGUGGAAGGGUCGCCACGCCGAGUUCGAGCAGGACCUGAAGAAGCACGCACGUAGCCGCCUGCCCGGUUUCGCCUGCCCAGAGUGGGUCUCCGUCGUCGACGAACUCCCGAAAACCUCGACGGGCAAGAUCCAGAAGGUCCAGCUGCGCAAGUUGGUGGCCAAGCUAUGAGGCUUGAGUGAUAAUCGCGCGCCCGAUCGUUGCUGGUUGGGUAUACAUUGCAGAUCUAGUUCGCCAUGGAGGCAUAGGACACAGCAUAAUGCUUGCUUGGAUGGAGUUGUAUAGUACGAAUGAUAUUGCUGUUGAGCCUUCUUCCUGUGAAGAGCGCGUAAAGUACUGCAGAUAGAGCGUUAGUGUGCGAGGGUCCUAUCGAGCCACUGGUGCAACACAGAGGAACAGAGUAAGACGCGAGGAUGGUGACCAGGAUGGAGUGAUGUGAGAAUGAGGAAGUGGCUAUGGGGUAGGGGAACGUAUGCACAGGGUAGUAGAUACAGCGAGGUGUCGCGAGCGGAAAACACGGCUAUUCUUGGGCCGCUGUCAUGCCUUGAUCGCACCUUGCCCGUCGGGGUGGUCUGCGCGACGGGGGCCAACGGGCACUGGGUCCUCGUCCUUGCUCCGGAGCAGUGCUAAGCAGUGUUGGCCACCGCACGACGCGGAGACUGCUGCCCAUUUGCCGCCCUCCUUGCGGACGACGACCGCCGGAGUCUUCUGGAACUGGAGGUCGGCGUCGCCCAGACCGAGCUCGCCUACGACUUGCCUGCCCCAGGAGUACAUCGCGCCCCCGGCCGUGAUUGCGAGGUUGUUGUUGGUCCCCACAGCAAUGUGGACGACGGGGUCGUUCGCGUCAGGGAACGCCACCUGCACAGGCUCGGGGAGGAAGUCGGAGUAUUGCCGGUCCUUGAGGGCCGCGUCGUUGUCGGCGAGGCCCAGACGGCCCUCAUCAGACAGACCGCAGGCGAAGACACGGCCGUCGGAGGUGAGGAAAAGUGUGUGCAGGUCGCCACCGGCGAUCUGAGUGACAGUCGAGCCGUUGAGCUCGGCCUUGCCGAGGCCAAUGACCCGUUUAGGUGCGUGAACCUCCUUGUCGAUGUUCACGUCUGAGACGCCGGUACCCGUCUGGCCCUUGGAGUUGACGCCCCAGCCCCAGGUGUUGCCGUCGUCGUCGACUGCGAAAGAGUGAUUGCUGCCAGCACCGAUGAUGACGGCCUUGCGUGCGCGAGUCCCGAGGACGAUCUUCUCAGGGGUCGUUCCGCUGAUUUUGCGACGCUCAAUGACGCGCCGACCAAGCUGGCCUUCUUCGCCGGUACCGAGAGUGUAGAUGUUGCCAAGGGUGGUGAGGAGAAGGAGGUGGUUGUUCCCUGCCGCAGCGGAAACCCACUUCUCAUCUUUGAGCUCAAGGAGGGGAACGGGUUUGUACUGCUUUUUUGCGUGGCUGGAGAAACCAACGAGACCUUGGUUGCCCGAAAACGCGCCCCAGGCGCGGAGCUGGCCUUCGUCGCUGAUAGCUGCGGAAAAGCUGUCACCCGCCACGAUUUUGACGGCGCGGAAGCCCUCUUCCACCAGGCUAUGAAUGGGGACAGGUUUCCACACAGGAUCUUUGGUGACCUCAUCGGCUUCGAUGGAGUAUGCAUCGUUGUUCGGAUCAGGGACAUUCACGGUGACCCUCCCCAAAGCUCCGUUGUCAUUAGUUCCGCAGGACCAGAUCGCGCCUUUCUCGUCCAGCAACAGCGUGUGAAGGCCGCCAGCAGCGACGGACUCGAGGCCAGCGUUGUCUUCGCCGAACGCGUCCUCUUCAAUUUUCUCCGCGACAAAUGCAUUUUUACGCGGCUUUGCGAUCUCUUCAUUGUAGUCCAUGACCAGCUGGCUCAUCUCGCCCGAACCCCACGUGAAGAGGUUCAGGGGAGGGCGGUAGUGCUGCGGGAUAGCGGGGAGGGCGUUGAUGCCCUGAGGGACCCUGCGGACGCGCGCGGGUGCCUUGCUCUUCUCUGGCUUCGCCUUCUCGUCGGCGCUGGCCUUCGUCUUUGCGUUUGCCUUGCCAUUGACCUUGGGCUUCUCAACGUUGGCCGGGGCAGCGCGGAGGACGCGCUUCGGGGCGGGCGCAUUCUCCUCGCCUUCAGGAGAUGCGCGCUUUGUGGCGCGAGAGCGCGAAGGAGCGGGUUCGGCAACGCUGGCCGCGCGGGCUCGUC